GUGUGUUUUGCAUUUUUGGUUUUACAUGUGUUGAAAGGAGCAGAUCUAUACAUCUUAAGUGCAUUUGGAAACAAAGCAAGGAUCACAAUGCCAAGACCUUCUCUUCUGUCUUUGAUAUUAGCCAGUGCUCUGACUUAUGCAGCUGGAGAUUAUAGUAUCAGACUAGUCAAUGGUAAUAAUGGCUGCUCUGGAAGAGUUGAGAUCCUUUAUAAUGGCCAGUGGGGGACAGUGUGUGAUGAUGACUGGGACAUGAAGGAUGCUGCUGUGGUGUGCAGACAGAUGGGAUGUGGAACAGCUGUUAGUGCACAAACCAGUGCUCAUUUUGGCCAGGGAAGUGGUCCGAUCUUGUUGGAUGAUGUGAGAUGUUCAGGAAGUGAAUCAUCACUCACACAGUGCUCACAUCCUACUAUUGGAACACAUAACUGUGGUCAUUCUGAAGAUGCAGGUGUUGUCUGCUUACAAGGCCAACUACCAGACAUAAGAUUGGUCAAUGGGUCUGACUCAUGCUGUGGAAGAGUGGAGAUCCGUUAUAAGGGCCAGUGGGGAACCGUGUGUGAUGAUAACUGGGACGUGAAUGAUGCUGCUGUGGUGUGCAGACAGUUACAGUGUGGAUCAGCCAUCAGUGCACCUCAAAGUGCUGCCUUUGGUGAAGGCAGUGGAUCAAUUUGGAUGGAUGAUGUUGAAUGCUCAGGAAGUGAGGGGACCCUUAGACAAUGCAAACAAAAAGGACUAGGAGAUCAUAACUGUAAUCAUGGUGAAGAUGCUGGUGUUGUUUGUUCUGGCGACCUGCAGAUGCCGACCUUUUCCCUGACCUCCACACAUUCAGUUAUUUCUCCUGGAGAAAAUAUCCAGUUCAGAUGCACAACACCUAAACCAAGAUGCAAUGCUAAUGCUGAAUUCCAGCUCUUCAGAAACGGACCAUCUAUAUCCUCCCAGAAACAUGUAUCUGGUGUGACUUUCAAUCUUAAUGUAGAUGUGUCAAAUCAGGGCAGCUACAGCUGUCAUUAUUCCUACCAAAACAACACUAUUAAGUCACCUUUGAGCAAAACUGUUACCAUCACUGUGGUGAACUUGCAGCAGCCACGCAUUUCCCACAGUGCUCCUGAUGGAUGGUUUGACGAGGAGCUUCAGGGGGCAGUGAUCACCAGGGGCCACAGUUUCACUAUCAUCUGUUCCACUGAAUCUCAGUUUCCUGGAGGAUCUUUUCACUUGUUCAGAGGGUCAAACAUCACAAAGACUGAGUCAGCUGUCAAUAACUCUUCCUCUUUCUUCUUUCCUGAGGCAGAAUAUUCAAAUGAUGGAUACUACAGUUGUGUUUAUGAAGUCAGUGUCUCCUCACGCUCCUUCCAUUCAUCAGCCUCUGAACUGCUGCUCAUCACUAUCACAGCCUCCCUGCUUCCUGUCAUUGGUGCUGCAGUGUCAGCUGUACUGCUCUUAUUGUCUGUCCUUAUAAUCAUCCUCCUGCUGAAGAGAAGACAAAAGCAAAGGAAUAAGGAAACUCUCUUUAAGUUCUCCUUUAGAAACGCUGCAGCUAAUACAUAUGCAGGUACAUCCCAUGACAAGAAAAAUGAAGAGGAUGAUGAGUCUGAUUAUGAAAAUGUAGAAUUUAAUAAUAAAAACAUGUAUCAUGAUGACUCUGAAGAGGACUAUGUCAGUGUGGACAUGGAUGACUCUGAAGAGGACUACAUCAAUGCAGACUUUACAGAGAUUAAAGGUGUUGUAAACAAAUCUGAUGAUAACAUUUAUGAAAGCUAUUGUGAUGAAUACUGAGUAAAAUACUAAAAUAAAUGAGGCUCUAAAGAAAAAUAUGGCAACCUUGAUGCCAUUGAAGAAAAUCCAGUUGGCAGUGACUGAUAUAUAUUUGUUUGUCUUUUUAUUAAUGAGGAUUGCUUUCAGAUAAUAAAGCGAUAUGUUACAGUUGUGUAAUGUAAAUGUUUUGUAAUACUGUUAAUAGUAGGACAAUCAAGUGCUCUUCCAGGUGCCAGUUUUCAAACUGUGCUCUGAACACCCAGAGGGCCAUGGAGGUACUGCAGGGGGACUGUAAACGGAUUCAAAAUUAUCUUGAGCAUUCUAUAAAAUAAAGUUGCAAAGUCCUACCCCA